UACUUUUAGCUAACCAUUUAAUUAACGUCAGUGACUAACCACUUCACCACCGCUAGCUUUUUCACCAUUUACUUAUUACUUUUAGCCAACUAUUUCAAUAAGUUAUCUCUACUUUGAGCUUACCAUUUAUUUGCUACUUCUUUGCUGUCUAUUUCAACUGUUUAACUUGUUUCCACUGUUGUUUUUAACUAAUUUUAGCUUAACAUUUAUCCAUUACUUUUAGCUAACCAUUUGAUUAACGUCAGUGACUAACCACUUCUCCACCGCUAGCUUUUUCAACAUUUAUCUAUUACUUUUAGACAACUAUUUCAACCAUUUAUCCAUUACUUUUUGCUAUUUUAACCAUUUAUGCAGUUUAGGUAGGUAUAUAUAUAUCAAGUCUUUAUCCAUUACUUUUAGCUAACUCUACAGACUUCUGCUUGCAUGAGUUUUAACACACUCCCAAUCUCAGCACCUAGUGUUCAGGUGUUAAAGUUGAACAACAUAUAGUUUUUAAUAAAACUGUAAUAUCUGAUUUUGCAAAUUAGUUGAGACUACUCCUCAGUCUUUUCAUGUACCUCCUGGUAACUGCAUAAGUACCUGCUGGGGUACAAAUAUCUCUGGUUGGGAAUCAAUGAGCGCGUUUACAUGCACACCAGUAUUCUGGUUAUAAUCGGGUUUUUAGAGUACUCUGGUUAUGUUUUGCACAUGUAAACACCGUCUCUGGGUUUCAGAAACCUGAAUAAGACAUUGUCCUGGUUUUGAAAAACCUGGAUAUGCUACCUGGAUUACUCCAAUAGAAACCCGGAUACUGUUGUACGUAAACAUCUGAUUGAGGUUUCUGAAUGUUCUUGGUACAGAACAAAAUGGCUGAUAUGGUGAGAAAUCAAGACACAUCUGCAAACAGUUGAUUAGAAAUCUGGAUACUGUCAGAAUCAUGUGAACAGGAAAAUGAAUAACCAGGUUUUUCAUGUUCCAUGUAAACACCUUUUCCUGAUUUUGAUCAAAACCAUGUUAAGGUUUAAAGACAGGGAUACUAGUGUGCAUGUAAACACACACACACUGACAUUAUAGAGUGGUACAGUCCUCUGGGUGGCCAAAAGUCAACAAGUCUGUAGGACAAGGAUGUAAAAGUUUUACUGGCACUGCAUUAAUGUGAUGGACAAGAAUAGAACCAAAUGUAUCCGUGUUGUUGAAAAAGGACAUACAUAACAAUGACAAUGUAAUAUUAGUACUGUAAAUAUUAAUAAACCCACUAAGUUUCAACAAUAUAAUUAAUAAUUAACACAUGGAAACAUGAAGUGCUUGCAGAUAAGAUAUCGCUCCUGCUCUCUCUCUCACGUACACAUUAACAAUGUUACGCUGCUGAGAAGGAGCGUUCAUUAUGCAACACAGUAGUGUUUACAGGAAAAAUGUUUGGACAGCAGAUAGUUAUCACUCAUUCCAGUAAGAAACACGUGUAACAGUGUGUCCACCUGAAGCAGGAAACUGCCAAGAAAACAGGUGUAAUAAAUUCUCCGAAACUCAAAAAUGGUUCUGUUGACUGACAUAAAUCAUCACAGAACACACAAAAACUGAUGUUUAUCAAGCAAACAGUCAACAGUCUCAGGUUUACUGAGGAAAUUUUAAUUUGCACAACACAAACUCCUGAGAAAUAUGCAUGAAAAAAGAAAAUGCAGAUCAUGUUCUAGAUAAUGUUAUUUAUAUUAAGUCGGUUUAUGAGAGAAUACGUUUGAAAAACACAAAACAUUCACAUUUUUCUAACUUGUGAGUGAAUUUGUGUCAUUAUGUGGCAUACCUAUGGCAUAUUUAUACCAUAAAAACAGAACAGAAACAAACACUCGUUCAGAGAUUCACUGUUUAGUCAGUGAACGCAUCGUCAGGUGUACCAGGCUUAGAGUGCAUGUAACAACAUACUAUCAAAUGAUGAGUGAUGAUUAUGCACGUCCUGCUACAGAUAGGGUUGGAACAUUGGUCAGUGGAUGUAAUGAAACGUGUCACGUGUAAAUUGCACAUAGAUGUACUUCUGUAAAGGAAGGAACGAAGGAAAAAUAUAAUAUGUCAAAGUCAUGUAAGACUGCAAUGUCAUGGUGUGUCAGAAAUACCAUAAAAGCAUCCAUGCAUCGUAGUUUAAAAGAGGAAGUUUUGCAUUUUAAAGGCAGCGUUGCUGCUGCCAGCAUGCAUCAGUCCUGUGCUGCUGGUUGUGUGCGUGUGUUCGCCUGCCUGUCGUCUACCAACAGCAUCAUCGCAAUGACCCGUCUGCUGCUCGGAGCUGUGCUGCUGGGAAACCUGCGUGUCUGUGUCACAGCGCAAGUUCCAGAGAUGCUCACUCCUCCUGCCCAGGUGAGAUUUGACUCUGUGGACUAUAAAAACGUUCUGCACUGGACUCCGCCUGCCAACACCACCUCACUGCAGUACUACGUCCAGUGGAAGAUUUACGGCGAGCCUCAGUGGCUGGAUGUAGACGGCUGUCAGGGGAUCCAGAAGCACCAGUGUGACCUCAGCAGCGUGACCUCUGACCCGAGAGAGUGGUACUACGCCAGAGUGCACGCCUCCUCCCUGCCCUCCAGCAAAUCAGCCUGGGCCCUCUCGCCCAGAUUCAGCCCCCGCUGGGCCACCAAAAUCAGUCCACCUGUGCUGAAGCUGAACGUCACAGAGCUAGGCAUUGUGGUCCGCGCGAAGCCCCAACGGCUGCUCGUCCGGAAGAUACACAGCUGUCUGCACUACAAAAUCUACCUCAUAGAUACCAGAGGAGAAGAGGUGGUGUUUGACAUGGAUUGCCGCUCCAAAAAGCUGAUUCUGGACAAACUGAAGCACAAGGCGAAGUACUGCCUCCAAGCCCAAACCUUGAUCCCCCUCCAGGCCAAGACCAGUGAUCGCAACUCUGUGAAAUGCGUAAUUACACUCUGAGCACACAGUGAGUGAAAGCGAACCUCUCUGUAACUCUGUAACAGAAGAUUACAAGAUGAGGCGUCAAGUAUCAGCUGUCGUAUGACAAUAACGCCCGAGGCAGCGAGACAGAGAGAGGGAGGGAAAAUGAAACUCCUGGAGGAGAAAUCUAAACAGGAGAGUUUCUCCACAAUGACUAUAAUUAUCUCUGCUCACCCCACCCUGUUCACUAUUUUUAGAUCCGUGAUGGAUGUGUAGAACGGUGAUCAUUCAUUUUCUCUGUUCCUUUCUCUUCUCCUUUUCUUUAGACAAACUCUACCUACAUGAUUCACUGAAUGACUGGAUGAGAAGAUUUGCGUCCUUCAGUUCAGCUUUAAUUAUCCAUCGCUACCUCGACAGCUGCAGUCACCAACGUCCGUGCCAACAACACGUGAUGCACUUAUUUAUUACGAGCAUUAAAAGGUCUGACAUGUUUGAUUUGUGUAGGUAAACAAAAACAUUUGGACUCCAGCCUCCAUGGAUGCUGUCCGUAACUGCAAUAUUUAGACACACUACAAGCACAGUGAUGUAGAGCUGUUAAUAUGAAUGUAGUCUGUGUUUCUGGUCAUAAUUUUAAAGAAGUCGCGUUAUUUUUCAUACAUACAACACAUACUGAAACAGUAAAUAUCCAACUAAUAACCAAUAUCUAGCUUAGCUUUUUCCCAAUUACGUUAUUCUAUUUAUUUUUUAUCUUAACAUUUGUUUUUUGUGAAGGAAAGAAUUUUUUUGCAACAACAGAAUCUAAUUUGUGCAGAAAUGGAUGAAUUUAGAGAUGAUGGGGACACACUGUGCAGCCCAAUUUGAUGAUUAACUAAUCAAUUAGCAAUUAACUAAUCAAAUUCAAGGUAACAGUUGAAACAGUGAUGUUACAACUAAUCCUUUUAUGUUAUUUUAAGUUAUCUUAGAGAUCCUAAAAAAUGUGACCAGUGAUGUUUUGUAUGUUACAGCUCAUACUCAUAUGAUCAAAUGUAGUUUGCAUAAGUUAACACUCUGUGACCACAAUACGUAUUUGUUUUUCCCUGCAGUAGAGCCAAACACAGGCUGAUCUGUAUCUAAUCCAACUGUGAGGAUCAAUGAAUGUCAUUUUUAACAGAGAGAGAGCUUUCUUAAAAACUAUCACAUGCAGCAGUGCUCAGCUGUGAAAUGACACUAUUUCAUGUGCAAAAAUAAAAGUAUGGUGCCAAAUGUUUUUUGUUCCAUGUGUCACAUAAGAAA